AUGUUGUUUCGGUACACGACACGAUCAAGGCCGGCAUGCCUUGCCUACCGACAAUUCUCAUCUUCCUACCCAUACCGCGUACUUGCACGAUUGAGAGGACACCAGUACGCGAAUGUGGGCACAGGGACCUGUCACGAAAAGAACUACAGUUCCAAAGCCAUUGUAGAUGGAAUCGUUUCCAAAGCAAAGCCUUUCCAGUUACCUAGGCACCUCGACGAGAAACAUUACGGCUGGCUUGAUGAUCGCCGUUUUCGACACGGUAUAAGCGAUUACCAAGCGGAGCGUCUGACGGUGCGCGAGAUAGCAAUGCUCGCACUCAUGAACUCGAUUACCGAUAAACCAAUGUGGCAUGUCAAGAUCUUCGAUGAGACUAUUGUGCACAAAUGGCAUGAGGAAGUCCAAGCAAUGCCAGACGGCAUGAUCAGUGACAAAACAUUCGACUGGUGCAUCAACGAGCUGCGCGAUAAAUCGAAAGACUUCGAACAGCAAAUGUUCGUACCGACAUUGGACGCCCAAACCAGAUGCGUCAAGAGCGAUAUCCUCAUAUCUGAGAGCCUUGCGGUCGACCUAAGACAAGCAGUGGAGCCUUUGCUGGCGGUAGGCGAUGAUCAGAAAGACUGGCAUCCAAACUCUGAAUCAAAAGUCCUCAACUUAGUCCAUCCUUCCCUGUAUCCCCUGGUAUCGGGUCGAUCAAGGUCUACGACAGCCGGAAAGGUGGGCAGGGAAACCUGUUUUGAGUUCUUGGGGGAAGGUUCAAUCGUCGAAAAAGGCGGAGAAAUCCCGAGAGGUUAUAGAUGGUCCCGCUCCCAAGAUCUUAGCCAAUUGUGUUCAACAUGCUUCCAGUGGCUUCCUUCUGAGGUUCGAUUUGUUAGUGACAAAGGCACUGAUGUGAAUAUCACCUCGUAUAUCAACAACUUGCAUCCGAUAGAGUAUAGGAAGCUUUAUGAGAUCAUUGAGCGAAUAAUCGCGAAGUCCGUUCCAUUGUGGAAUAGUGUUUUGGUCAAGGGGUUCAACCGAAGUUCUUGUCUUCGCAUCAAAACUAUGGAGGGAGUAACCGAACCACGAGAAGCACCCUUUUUGGAUGAGAUUAACGAAGACGAGGGCCGAAUUCCCUUGCUGGCCCCACAGAUCAAAGAAUACCUUGCCCAGCCCGAUAGCCCCCAGCUCAUGGCACACUGGAGAAAGCACAGAAUACCCUUGGACCAGCGCAGGGUGAUUCCGGAGGACCUAAACGAGAUGAUAGACUGGGACCUUCUGGAUGCUAUUGAAGAAGUGUUUCAGCGAACGCGUACGGUCAUUCAUCCCGAGCCGGGCGACUUUAAGAAUUAUGAAACGUGGAAAUCUAGCCAGACAAAACAAUGCAUUGAAGACGAGUUUCGAGAACACGGCCUCCAAGUCAUCGUCAAGCUUUCCUCGAUUGAGCUCACGCCCGAGAAGCCAGAUUAUGCGGGAGGCAGCUGGCAUCUCGAAGGCAUGCUCAACGAGAGCAUUGUGGCCACCUCGAUUUACUACUAUGACGUCGACAACGUUACGGAGUCGCGCAUCACAUUCAGCCAAGAAGCUUCCCUCGAUGAGGCGAAUUUGGUGUACGAGCAAUCUGACCAUGUUCCGCUAUCCAUCACAUUUGGCACAGAAGCCAUGCAUGAAGAGCUGGCUGCCCAGGAGAUUGGAAGCAUCGCCACCCGUCAUGGCCGCAUCAUUGCGUUCCCGAAUACCAUGCAACACAAGGUUGAGCCGUUUAGUCUUGCAGAUAAGACAAAACCAGGCCAUCGGAGGUACUUGGUUCUUUGGCUUGUGGACCCACACAUGCGGAUUGUGUCCACGGCGGAUGUACCACCGCAGCAGAUGUCAUGGGCGGAAGGUGCACAUGCUGACGAGGUUACUAAGAGAGGUCUCAUGACAUUGGAUGAAGCCAAAACAUAUCGACUGGAGUUGAUGAAGGAGAGGACGAAGUGCAAUCAUGCCGUCGAGAGUAAUUUCGAUACGUACAAUUUGUGCGAGCAUUGA